CUAAGAGGGGCAGCUUAAAGGGGUCCUUCGUUCUUACGUCCUCAGACGCUCUAAGGUAAAAACGUGGGUUAUGUGAACGAUUAAGUCGUUGUGAAUCAGCUAGCAAGCUAUACAAGACCAAAUUACUCUAUUUUUGUAAUUGAUAAAGUAGUAUAACAUCAGUCGGGAAACUCGGCAUCGUAGUGACACCUUGAAGGGCAAGGGCACAACACGUCGGUAGAUACCACACCGAAGAAAUGUCCUCAGUCAAGGAGGAAGGUAAAGACCGUGUCAUCUUUGUGACUAAGGAGGAACAUGAAACACCGAGCAACGCUGAGCUGGUGGAGGAGGAUCCUGAUGACCCCUAUGAAGAACGAGGUUUGAUCCUGCCCAGUGGGGAGAUCAACUGGAACUGCCCCUGUCUGGGAGGGAUGGCCAGUGGUCCCUGUGGAGCGUCGUUUAAGGAGGCCUUCUCCUGUUUCCACUACAGCAAGGAGGAGGUGAAGGGCUCGGAGUGCCUGGAGCAAUUCAGGGGCAUGCAGGAGUGUAUGCAGAGAUACCCAGAACUCUAUCCCCAGGAGGACGACAAGGAGACCCAGGGAGGGCCAUCUGAAAUGGAUCCCUCCAAACAAGACUCUGCCCCUGAACCAACCACUACCCCUACACCUGCAGCCCCUGUCCAAGACUCUAUCCCCUCCCCCGCAUCCUCCGCCCCUGCUGACACCCCACCACCACCCCCCUCAAACAGCUCAGCCUCAGGCUGAGCAUGAUUCACGGCAAUCUUUCUAUGGAUGUGUUAAGGUGAUCCUUUUUGUAUCAAUUAUUUAAAGUGAUAAAUGAGUGUUGACUAUCCCCCCACUCUAACCCAGGUUGGGGUUUCCUCAUAGAAUAUAAGACUUGUAGAGAGAGGAGGGUAAGGAAAAAGAUGGGCCAUCUUCCUAACUUUACUCUAGAUGUGUGAAUAUUUCUCUAAUUUUGCUCCUUCAGGAACAAACCAAGACCAUGUACUGUGCUAUCCUUUGCCAUUACUAGUGUUCAGUUUUUGUAUUGAUUGUUCUCUUUACUAUAAAGUCCAUUAGUAAUUGCUUUUUGUAUUUAAAAAAUGUAAUUUCUACUUUUCUUUAUUUUUUCCAUUUGUCUUUUCCAUUUAAUUCACACCUGGUUUUUUAUUUUCAAAUUUUCUCAGAUUCUGUGGGUGCUAUUGCAAAAGUAUUGAGACUACUUGGCCUCAUUCACAUUUUGUUGUUUUACAAAGUAAGAUUUUAAAAUUGAUUUAAUUGUCGUUUUUUGUCAAAAAUCUACAAAAAAUACUCUCAGUGGAAAAAAUAAGUAAAUAACUAAAAUAUAGUCGUUGCAUAAGUAUUCAGCUCCAUGAGUCAAUACAUGUUAGAAACACCUUUUGGCAU